CUGCAGCUGAAUUCACUAUGGCAUCAGAGAAGACCACAAAAAAGGAUCUGCUGAAGGCUGAGGAACAGCAGCAAGCGAGUGCUGUCAAUCGAGUAACCAGCUUGCCCUUGCUCAACUCUGCAUUUAACCUGGUCUCAUCUGCCUACAACUAUACCAAGGAGACUCAUCCUUGCCUCAGCGGUGUCUGCAGCGUGGCUGAGACUGUGGCUGCUGUUGCAGUAGGCAGCGUGGUUGGUGGGGCACAGCCCAUCCUGAACCAGCUUGAGCCCCAAAUUGCACUUGUAAAUGAAUAUGCCUGUAAAGGACUGGAUCAGCUGGAGGAGAACUUGCCUUUUCUUCAACAGCCAGCAGAUAAGGUAAUCUCGGACACCAAGCAGCUGGUUUCCACCAAAGUGACAUCUGCUAUGGAUGCUGCCUGCGAGGCAAAAGAAGCAAUGGCCAAUAAAGUGACUGAAGCUGUGGACCUCACUAAAAAUGUUGUUGGGGACAGUGUCAAGCUGACCAGGUCAGUGGUCACCUCCACUAUUAGCAGUGCUGUGGAGGCUGCUCACGGUGCCAAGGACCUUGUGACCAACAAGGUGACCGAAGCAGUGGACCUCACUAAACACAUGGUGGAGGACAGCAUUGGACAGACCAAGUCUGCUGUAGCUUCUACUAUUGUCAAUGCUGUGGAGGCUGCCCAGGGUGCCAAGGACCUCGUGACCAACAAGGUGACUGAAGCAGUGGACCUCAGUAAGCACAUGGUGGAGGACAGCAUUGGACAGACCAAGUCUGCUGUAGCUUCUACUAUUGUCAAUGCUGUGGAGGCUGCCCAGGGUGCCAAGGACCUAGUGACUAAUAAGGUGACAGAGGCAGUGGACUUCAGUAAACAUAUUGUGGAAGACAGCGUUGGAAGGACCAAGUCUGCUGUAGCUUCUACUAUUGUCAAUGCUGUGGAGGCUGCCCAGGGUGCCAAGGACCUUGUGACCAACAAGGUGACUGAAGCCAUGGACCUAACCAAAGGGGCUGUUCAAGAUGGUGUUGAGAAGACCAAAUCAGUGGUUGCUUCCACAGUCAGUACAGCUCUGGAUGCUGCAUAUGGCAGCAUUACUAGCAAAAUAAAUACAGCCCUGGAGCAGGGCAGAGAGGCUCUCCAGGAGGGUGUGGAAAUGACCAACACGGUGGUGACCAACAGCAUAAGCAAAGCCAAAGCAGUGAGCCAAGCGGUGGGAGGUGGUGUGGAAGCUGUCCUGGGUAUGUCAGAAGACCUGGUGGAUCACUACCUCCCCAUGACAGAGGAGGAACUAGGUAAACUGGCCACCUCUGAGGGAUUUGGGAUGGCUUCUGUGGAGGAGCAGAGGCAGAACAAGAGUUACUUUGUGCGCCUGGGUUCCCUGUCUAACAAAGUGCGGCGCCGAGCCUACCACCUCUCCCUGGCCAAACUGCAGCGUGUCAGGCAGAGCACCCAGGAGACUCUCUCACGGCUCCAGCUGGCAAUAAAACUGAUUGAAUCUGUGAAAGGGGAGGUUGGCCAGAAGCUCCUGGAUGGGCAGGAGAAGCUCUAUCAGCUGUGGGUGGACUGGAGCCUGACCCAACCCAAAGGAAACCAAGUCAAAACUGCCUCCCAAGUAGAGGUGGAGUCACGGACUCUAACUAUGCUGCAUAUCAUCACCCAGCAGCUACAACCUGUUUAUGAGAACCUGAAAGCCAGCAUCCAGGGCCUCCCCAGCAACAUCCAAGAAGCUGUGUAUCAGGCCACUCGAAAUAUCCACAAGCUCCACAGAUCUUUUUCCAGUGCUGUGUCUUUCGAGGACCUCUCCAGCACCAUCCUGACCCAGAGCCAGGACCGUGUGGCAGAAGCCCGAAGGUCCCUAGAUGAACUCUUUGAGUAUGUAACUCAGCACACUCCUCUAAACUGGGUUGUGGGGCCCUUCAGGGCAGUAGCUAAUGUGUCACAGGGGAGCAGAAAGCAGAAGAAGAAAGAUUUGGUGACUCCAGUAAAAUCACCUGUGCUGGAAAAGGCCACAUCAUCAAAGGAGGGGGUUAAGACACCUGAAGAACCAAAGGGAGCACACGAGAUCCUGGGAAAGGAAGGGUGUGAAGUGCUAGAGAAGCUGGAAGAGAAGGCAGAGAAAGACACAGCGGUGGCACUGGCUGCAGAGGAG